AUGAAGAAGGACAGCGGACUAGGCAUCAUCAAGCUCAGCACGCCUAACUUCCUGCGAACAGUGGAGACGUGCAUCCGCGAAGGCAACGCUAUUCUCUUGGAGAAUGUUGAAGAGGUCUUGGACCCUUCCUUGGAGCCCGUGCUGCUCAAGCAGGUCUUCAAGAAGGGAGGCCAGCUACUGCUCCGACUGGGUAGUGAGGACGUGCCCUACAAUGAGAACUUUCAGUUCUUCGUGACGACGAAGAUGGCGAAUCCGCACUACCUCCCAGAGAUCUGCAUCAAGGUGACUGUCAUCAACUUCACGGUGACGCUGCUUGGGCUGGAGGAUCAGCUGGUGGCUGAAGUUGUCAAGAAUGAGUGGCUUGGAUCUGCUUUAGAUUUCACGGAGUCGCAGGGGGUAGAUGCAGUGUAG